CCCAUCUCUCUGUCCCUCCUCCCGCUCCUGCAGGAGAUGGGUGUUCGUACCUGGUUAUGGCUGUGGGUGCUGUUGGUCCUUGGAGCUGUGUGUGGGUUAGCAGAAUCCUCCUGCCAGCUUCUGGAGACUCUGACCUCUCAGAGUGUGUAUAAGGAGGGUGAUGUGAUUAUUGGAGGACUUUUCCCUGUUCAUUUACAGCCACCUGAGCCCAGCCUGGACUUCACACAAAGAGCAGCACUUUUGCAGUGUCAGAAUUUUUAUUUGCGUGGAUACCGUUGGCUGCAGACCAUGAUCUUUGCAGUAGAAGAGAUAAACAGAAACCCACAGCUGCUACCCAAUCUCACGCUGGGGUAUGCCCUCGCUGACACCUGUCUUGCAGACAAAACAACUAUAAGCGCUGCACUGGGGCUGGUAACCGGGAAGGACCCUGUUGUCAACCCGUCAAGCUCCAGGUGCGGUCGCACUCCCAAGGUGCCUGUCAUCGUCGGUGAUGCCCGCUCCUCCACAUCUAUCAUGAUCGCUGACACACUGGGAGUCUUCAACAUCCCCAUGGUGAGCUACUUUGCCACAUGUGCUUGCCUUGGAGACCGCCAAAAGUACCCCACCUUCUUUCGCACUGUUCCCAGCGACGCCUUUCAAGCCCGGGCCAUGGCACGUAUGCUGCGCCUCUUUGGCUGGACCUGGGUGGGUGUGGUGAUGGGAGAUGAUGACUACAGCAAGUCCGGGAUCCAGCUUCUGCUGGAGGAGCUGCAAAACUCUCAGGUGUGUGUGGCCUUUUCUGAGGUCAUCCCAAAGGUCAACUUGGAGAAGAGUAUCCCGCGCAUUGUGGCGAUGCUCAGGCAAUCCACAGCCAAAGUCAUCAUCACUUUUGCCAUUGCCACAGACAUGCAUGUCCUGCUGAGUGAGGUGUUGAGACAAAACAUCACCAACAAGCAGUGGAUCGCCACAGAGUCCUGGAUUACUGCCAGCUUCAUCUCUUCUCCUGAAAACCUGGCCUCAAUGAGUGGCACUAUAGGAUUUGCCUUGCGCAAGGGCAACCUUCAGGGUCUCAGGUCAUUUCUCACCAGGUUUCAGCCCAAAGAUUUGCCCUCUGACCCCUUCCUGCAGGAAUUCUGGGAGGUGAUUUUCGGAUGCUCUUGGAAGAAUGACCCCUCCCCUUCUCUGUCUGCCAUGCCCCAUUGCACAGGGUAUGAGAGCUUGGACAAUAUUGAAAACAUUUAUACUGACGUCUCCCAGUUGAGGGCCACUUACAGUGUGUACAAGGCUGUGUAUGCCAUCGCACAUGCCAUUCACAACAUGCUGUCCUGCCAACCAGGAGAUGGCCCCUUUGAAAAUGGGGGAUGUCCAGAUGUCACCAACCUCCAGCCCUGGCAGAUUCUCCACUACCUCCAUACUGUAAACUUCACCACACCUGUGGGGGAAGCUACACACUUUGAUGAGAACGGUGAACCACCGGCUGCUUAUGACAUAAUUAACUGGCAAGUGGGGGCGCAUGGAACAUUGGAGUUUGUCAGGGUGGGACAGUUUGACUCUGUGGACGGAUCUCACAGCGAGUUUGACAUCGAUGUGAAAAGAGUCGUCUGGGGCGGUGGCCAGAAAGAGGUGCCUAUGUCCGUCUGCAGCAUGCCCUGUCCCCCAGGCACUCGGAAGGCUGUGCAGAAAGGAAAGCCCAUCUGCUGCUUUGACUGCUUACCAUGUGCAGAAGGGGAGAUCAGCAACACCACUGGUUCAACAGAGUGCCAGAAGUGCCCAGAUCGAUUCUGGUCGAAUGCUGCUCGAACAACCUGCAUUCCAAAAGAGGUGGAGUUCCUGUCCUUCCAGGAAAUCAUGGGGAUCAUUCUUGCUGCUCUUUCAGUUUCUGGGGUGGUCCUCACAACCAGUGUCCUCGCCACCUUCUUUUUCCACCGGGACACGCCCCUCGUUAGGGCAAACAAUGCAGAGCUGAGCUUCCUGCUGCUGCUGUCACUCUCUCUCUGCUUCCUGUGUGCACUGGCCUUCAUCGGUCGCCCCACCCCCUGGUCCUGUAUGUUGCGCCACACGCUGUUUGGGAUCAGUUUUGUGCUCUGCAUUUCCUGUGUCCUCAGCAGGACGGUGGUGGUGCUGGUGGCCUUCCGUGCCUCAGUCCCUGGCAGCAACAUCAUGCGGUACUUUGGCCCAGUGCAGCAGAGACUGGCCAUCUCCCUCUGCACCUCUGUCCAGGUGCUCAUCUGUGUGCUGUGGCUGGUUCUCUCACCGCCCAUCCCAGCAGAGGUACAGGGGAGGAGUGCCAGGAUCAUCCUUGAGUGUGAUGUGGGCUCAGGGGCUGGAUUUGCCUGUGUCCUGGGCUACAUUGGUCUGCUGGCAGCCAUCUGCUUCCUGCUGGCUUUUUUAGCCAGGAAGCUCCCUGACAACUUCAAUGAAGCUAAGUUCAUCACCUUCAGCAUGCUCAUCUUCUGCGCUGUCUGGAUCACCUUCAUUCCUGCCUAUGUCAGCUCCCCUGGGAAAUACACAGUCGCUGUGGAGAUAUUCGCCAUCCUGGCCUCAAGCUAUGGACUACUUCUCUGCAUUUUUGCUCCCAAGUGUUAUAUAAUCCUACUGAGACCAGACAAGAACACCAAGAAGAAGAUGAUGGCCAAAUAAAAGUAAUAAACCGUACAUCACAUGUAUUGUGUGUGCUAAACAUUCAAGUGAUUCCUAGAGAACGUUUAUCUGCUUUUGCUUAGAUAUUGGGUCAACGGGCCAAUCAACUUCCAGAGCUGGAAGCAUUUUAUAACCUCUUAAAAAUUAACCUUAAUUAAAAAAUGAACUAAUUCAUACUGAAGAUCUUCCUGACACACAAAACAUCAAAUAAUAUACCAUAGAUAUUAUACUAUGAAAUGUAAAAUAUUCAAUUAGAAAUCAAGCAAGAAAUGUUAAUUAUUCCACACACCAAUCUAAUAAAAAUAAAACAUCUUCCCUAACACAAAGCAUCCCACUUUCUGUUCUUCUACAAUUACAGAAUAUAAGCAGUGGAGUCCAAACUAUGUUCAGAGUGGGAACCCCUCCCAUCUCUGCUGCAUUGCGAUUUCACCCCACACUUAUAAAUUCAGUCACCAUCAGGACACAACACACACACCAUGUCACUCUCUGAGACGCACAUUUCCAUUUCUCAAUGGACAUCUGGCCGUUUUACAUUUUCAUCCCUGGCUUUCUGGAAUAUUCCACUGUCCUAUGAUUUUUUAACUUUGUUCUUUGUUUUUUGGGACUACAUUGAGUGAAAUAAGCUGUGGUUUGGUAACUUCUUUCAUUCAUUUUUUUGUGUCUGUGACCUGUCCAUGUCUGUAACAUUCAUUGCUUAAGGUAGUUGAACUUUUUCUUUACAUUAAAUGUUGAAUUUGCAACUUACAUUUCUUAAUUUUACUCUGGUUUUGAGUUGUACAUCUUUGAGGUUGAUCCAAGAGGUAGCUCUGCCUAUCAACAAAUUUGCUAUUUUUGCUGACAAUUGAUAUAUUUGAUAAUAAUCACCAAAUUAAAUCAAAUAAAUAUAUAUUUUAUAUGUUGAAUAAGUGAGAAUUUUUAACUGUUAAUCUGCUUAAUAAUUUUCACAUGUAGCACACUACUUAUACAAUAUCUUGAAUAAAACUCACCUGGGAUUGAUCAUGAUUCUUGCACUUUUCAUGCCUAAAAUUGAUUACCAACAAAAUGUUAUUCUUAAAGUGUGCACAGCGCCCACUUCGAGGAAUCACAUGCAGCCCUCAAAUGUGCAGUAUGUGAAACUAAUUUGAACUUUAUCAGUAUUCAGUGCUAAA